GGCGAGCGGAGCACGGACGAUCGGGUAGCGAGGCCUGCGCCGAGGCGCAAAAGGCAGUGUGUGCGCGCGGCGCGGCGGCUGGCUGCUGGCGGUUGGCGGUUGGCGGUUGGCGGCUGUCGGCUGUCGGCUGUUGGAGCUAGGCCGCAGAGGUGCGCGACAACCUUGCCGAGAUUGAGAACAACCUCUCCUCCACCCUUCUGAACGAGGACCCGUCGGUCAGCCGCUCGUACAUCUCGCCGAACCGGGUGCGGCCGGACCACUUCAAGGGCUUUUCUGCCGACGAGCAUCAGGCCAUCCUUCAGCAACAGGCGGAGCAGGCGACAGAGCGGCAAGAGGCAGAGGCCGAGGAGCGCGCGUGGAGCUCGCAGGUGGCGGAGGAGAUUGAGCAUAUGCGGCAGGUGCGCUGCUCGACCGAGGCGCAGCUGGAGGCAAAGAGGGCGGAGAUGCGGCGGGUCUUUGCUGAGGAAAACCGACAGCUCGCCGAGACGCAAAAGUCCAACCAGAGCUUCUUGGACUCCGUCGUCUACCCAAACCAAGUCUCGGAGCACUUCUUCAGCUUCUUUAACACGACCUCCCGGUGAGGGCGAGGGAGAGAUGGGUCUGUCGAUUGGCUGCUCUUUGCGCUGACCGAGGAAUUCCUUUGCUGUGUCUGUCCGGCAGCGCCACUGCACAGGGGCGUGCGAGACCGAGAGAGUGUGUGGGGUAGUUUGCUCUGGGGGGGGGGGGGGGCGGUGCCGCGGUGCCGCGGUG